AUGUCGAAAUACGACUUCAAAGUCAUCGUUGUUGGUGGCGGCCCUACAGGGCUGGCACUCGCCAACAUGCUGGAGCAGCUCGACAUUGACUACAUCCUUCUCGAAGCACAUGCCGAGAUCACUCCACGUGUCGGCACAGGCAUCUUUCUGUCAAACUCGCUUCGCGUGCUAGAUCAGCUAGGGUGUCUCGACGCUUUCUACACUGGUGCAGACGAAGUCGAGGAUUUGAGCGUCACAGUCAACGGCGUGACCAUGUUUUCGCCCGCAACCGCGGAGCAUUUCAGACACAGAUAUGGCUACGUGACAUGCAGCUGCCAUAGACAGCACCUACUCAAUGUGCUGUACGGCAACCUUAGAGACCAGUCAAAGAUCCUUGUCAAUAGACGAGUCCAUGAGAUUCUCGAGACCGACACUGGUGUGGAUGUUCUUACCACCAAUGGCGAAGUCUUUCAUGGAGAUAUUGUUAUUGGUGCCGACGGCGUUCACAGCAUUGUACGCAAAGAAAUGCGGCGUAUGGCCGCUAAGGCAUGUCCAAAUCACCCGCUCGUGACUGAGGAAGACAACGUCAGCAUCCAAUACGCAACCUUGUUUGGAAUUGCAUACAUUGACAAGCCUUUCCCUCCUCGCCUGCUCGCCAUGGAAGCCAAUCACGGCCGAUCCUAUCUCACAUACGCAAACGCCGAGGGCCGUAUAUUCUGGGGCUUGAUGGAGAGACUUCCAGAGCCCAUCAAAGGAAACAAGGCGCCUCGAUACACAAAAGACGAUAUAGACGCGCUCGUAGAGAAGCGUUUUGACGACGAGGUGUUGGCCGGAGUUACUCUUGGUGAUUUGUGGAAGGGAAGCAGCGAGACGAACGGUAUGCUGCCGCUACAAAACUGGGUUUUCGAUACAUGGCACUUUGGCCGGCUGGUGACUGUGGGAGAUUCCGCGCACAAGAUGGUCCCCAUCACUGGCCAGGGUUGCAAUAUGGCCAUCCAAGAUGCUGCUGCACUGGUGAACCAGCUUACUUAUUGCCUGGACAGGUUUGGAGGCAAAAUUCCAAAGUCGGCACUCGAGUCUGCUUUUCUUGACACCAAAGCAGCUCGCCAGGAUCACGUCGAGUAUUCAAGGAACGACGCCUUUGACAUGCAAGAGUCGCAAGCGAUGCAGAACCAAAUUUUUCUACGCCUCUUUCCGCUGGUGGCUGAGAAUCUCUCUCUCGACACGAAGCACGAUUUGAACAGAGCAAUCAUGUUCAACACUGCAAAGCUGGACCAGCUUCCGCUGCCAUAUAGUCCACACUUUAUACCCUUCGCCGACGAGCUCCCUGCCAAGAAUGUCAACAAUGGCUGGUGGAACGCCGGCGCAGUCGCUGCGUAUGCCGGGCUAUGGGUUGCUGCCAAGAUGAUUUGCACGACGGACAAUGCACCAGUAUCUUUCUUUAAAACCGCUUUGCAGCACUUUACAGGAUUUGGGAAGGCUCUGUCACCUGCUCCGGGAGGGAACGCAUUAGCAGCACUGUACAGCACUUCCCUCCUCACUACCUUGGCCGUCUACUGGACAGUCGAGAGAUAUCGCCGCUGCAACCGACAGGCCAUGCUCGGUCCUCUUAUGAAGCUCACUGGACUGUAUUCCCUGGCUGCGGACGUUAUCGGCGCCACGACCAUCAUCCCGAUCUAUCUUGGUCUCACUGAGAUCAAAAACGCAGGAGCCGUCGCCAACAUCAUGGUUGGACGGCCGGUGAGACCAGCUGCCAUCAAAUCUCUAGCCCCAGCUACAGUCAUUAGCUUUGCCGUCGCGGCCGUUGCGUUUUGCAUCACUGCGCGAUCAAAGGGCCAGGCCGAAGCCUCGUAUCUUUGGAGACUUGCGCCACUUCUAAUUGCCCCAGUCACACAAAUCACUUAUUCGCGAACGAAAGAUGAGCAGGCCUUGAAAAACGACAAGAAAGGUUUCCUGGAUAUCAACAACAGCGAUAUGCCGUCGCUCAAGGCAUUGUACAGUGUUGUGACAGCUGCCGCCGCUGCCGCACAUUUUGGUAUGAUUGUGCUGCCAUGGCUUAGAGGAUUGGUUCCAUCGAAUCAAUUGAUGGAUACGUUCAAAGCUCGCGAAACUUUUGUUCUAGUGGGCAGUCUUGUUGGUGGCACAGUUACUAGCAUCGUCAGCACGCGGCUCCAGGGCUACACUACGACUUGGGGCGCACUUCGUGCUGGCUUGGUAUCAAUGAUUUCGUUCCUGGUUUUUGGACCUGCAGCCGUCUUUACAGGUGCUCGGUACUGGAAAGAAGUUACGACAGCCAAGUACUGCUUUUGGAAGCAUGAGAAGGACAACACUAAGGCGUAA